AUGAGUUGCUCAGUCUGGGCAGCUAAGCUCACUCGCCCGUCGGCCGCCAUAUUUUCUAAGCGUUUACCCUGCCGGCCUCUUGUGCACCCAGCAGCAGCCAUGGAUUACUCGUCGAUCCGCACCCCUCAGUCCUGCUAUGCUGACUUCUGCCUCAUCCCGAUUGGCACAGGCAGCGUCUCCGUAGCUGCUGAGGUUGCCGAGGUGCAGAAGGUGCUCCGUGACAGCGGGCUCAAGUAUACGAUGCAUUCUGCCGGGACGACCGUAGAGGGAAGCUGGGAUGAGGUCAUGUCAGCCAUUGGGAAAGCCCAUGCCGUGGUGCACGAGCGAGGCGUGGUGCGCGUACAGUCAUCCAUGAGAGUGGGUUCCAGGACGGACAAGAAGCAGACCGCGGAGGAAAAGGUGAGGAGAGUUGAGGGUUUGCUGGCAGAGUCGGAGAAGAAAUAG